UAGUAUUUUUUUUUUGUCCCAGAGUCUGCUGAUAGAUAGAUCGUUGCGUCAGUAAGAUUUCCUAGUAAAUCCUCUAAAUACAGAAGUAAGGAAGGUCAACUCAGAGAUAUUAUUUCCACUGACCGAUAGCAAAACGACCACUAGCGAGAAAUGCAUCAGCUAGUGGUGGACCUCUAGCGGCCAGCGUAGGUGUGCUCCCACAAAGAGAAAACCGUUUGCCAACGAGUCAUGAAUGCCAUGAUUUGCACGUGCGAGUGUAGGAAACGAUUUUAUUAUGUAGUUUUAUAGGUAAAAGGAAAUGCUUUCGCACAUUCAAAAUUGCAGUCAGUUCAGUGGAAUUCAAUGUUUUCGCUUGGACGCCUGUGCUUUUUCAAGAGGAAUUUUAAUUAAUGUGUUAUAAUGUCCACAUUGAAAUUGAGUAUGCAAGACAAAAAGGAUUUGGACAAGUUUACUAGAUUUUUGGCAUUGAAGGCUGCGCAAAUAAUUAUACAGUCGAGGUCAGGUGAAAAGGUCAGCACAAAGUGCAAGCCAUAUUCAUCUGGAACAGAUUGGUUCAACCUUGCUGUUCAUGAAGUUCCAGAAGUUUUGAAUGAAACAAAAAGACUACUAAUUGGAGAGAUAGUAAAUUCUACAAUACCUCUGUGCAUUGAAAUCUCGUUAAAAACUGUUGACAAUGAAUUAAUGGUUUUGGAAGCAUGGAGUUUAGGUAUAUUACCAGAGCAAAGCGAUCCUACUAUGAGAGUAACAUAUACAAUAUAUAAUCGAAUGGGUAUUUUACUAAAAUCGUUACUGUCUGUAUCGAGAAUUACUCCAGCUUAUAAAUUGAGUAGGAGGCAAGGCCCAGAUUCGUUUAUUAUUUGUUAUAAAAUUUAUAUGGGAGAACCUCACUUACAUUCACUAGGUGAUAAUUAUAAACACGUUAGGGUUGGUCAGUUGUGUACACCAGUAGGGACAAUUCAUUUGUCAGUAUCGUAUAGGACAAAAAUGACUAUAUCCCCAACUCAUACAGGUCGGGAUUCAAUAAUGUUGAAAAGUGAUCAUUUUCAUUCUGACCUAAGUCCUCGCCAUGCUAGGUAUCAGCAAAGCGAGGAAACGUCAAAAUCGCUUAGUGAUACCAUCAAAGUUGGAGCAUUUGUAGUCAAUAAGCCUGUUAUUGUUAAUGAAGAGGACUUUGUUAUACCAGAUGUACCUUUUAGUUCUUUACUAACUCCUAGACAAACUUCACCUCCUCCAGCCUCGGCAGCUGAGACUACAAGUACAAAGACUGCAUCGACAAUUAUUGCCGCAGAUAGCAGUAAUGGAAACAGUGAAAGACUUACGAACGAUAACACAACGUCGAAGUGCAACUCUCAAAACGGAUCAAGAAGGAGUAGUUGCUCGAUGACAAGUGCCAACGAUGAUUUUAUUAUGGUAGAUUUGAAAACUCCGUUUGCAAUAACAAACACCAAUAGCGAUUUAGGGGCGUUUUAUCGUGAAUGUCAAAGUGCACCGCAGCUUCAAGCUUUUAUGGAAGAACGAACACUCGCAGAACAGGUCGGAGACCUUACGAAACAGUUGGAAACAUUUGAAACGAAUAUGCGGCGGUAUGAGGAUAUUCUAUCGUCAUUAUGUCAAACAGAAAAUAAUAACUAAUGUCAAAAUCAAUGCAAUAUUAGGUGCUUCAACGAAAAACCAGCAUAUAGUAUCUUGUCAUAGAUUUAUGCGAUUUUCAUUAUAUGUAUCACGAUAUUUCAGCAAAAGCAUUUUUUUUAGCAAAAUGCUGUCACUGCUUGUGAUCACUUAUAAAUAAAUUCAAUUUGACAGUUUAA